CAAUGGAGUUGGAUUUGGAUUUCUGAAUGUCAGUUGCUUGGUUAAUCUGCGUUUUUUUUUUUCAUCUGUUUUAGAUUUUGAAGUGAUCAUAAUCAUUUAGUGAUCUGCUUAGAUUUGUUUUGGUAAUUUUUUUGCUGCAAUGGAGUGAUUUGGCCUUCUGAUGUAGUUACUUCUGCUAUGUGGCGGUUAAUUCUAUGUCAUUGUGAAAUUAUGUGAGUAAACAUGCUCACCCGUGAUUGUUUUUGCUAGAUCUGGUGCAGUGGCUAUUUAAGUUGAUAUGUUGUUAAUCAGUAUCAAAUAGGAAGCUGGGAUUUGAGGUUUAUUUUUCUUUUGCCCUGUGAUAAAUCAUAAAGCCUUUUUUCUGCAUCAUGUAUGUGAUUUCAUUUUUCUAGGUAUAUAUAUCUGUAUGUGGCAUUUAUAAAUAGUUAUGUACCUAUUUUUCUGGAUUCAGGUAAAUUCCAUAAUGUCUGAGGUAGCUCUCGGAGAUGUCGUUAUUAUACCUGAGCCUGAGAUGCCAAAUGGAAGCUCCAUUAAUGGAAACUCGACAAAGCCUAUCCUACAACCACUGGAUGAGAAUAUUGAUGGAAAACAAAAGAAACUGAUGGCCCCCUCGGCUGACCUUUCAAUUAAGCUGGACGAAACAGAAAAUUCUAGAGGAGAGGCUCCCAGUUUAGAAGUAGAGUACAUUGAAUCUGAAAAUCUGAAGGAUGUGGAAGAUGUGGAGAAUUGUGUGAAGACACUUCCAUUUGAACUAGGCUCGAAAGACUGGGUUGAGGUUUGUGAGGCGCUCAACAAUGUCCGCAGAUUGUCUCUAUAUCACAAGGAAUCCAUUGUUGCCAUACUCGGCGAUGUGAUUGCCUUAGUGCUGAAAUCCUUAAAGAACCCCAGAAGCGCUCUCUGUAAAACAGCAAUUAUGACUUGUGCCGACAUCUUCCAUGCAUAUAAUGAUGACAUCAUUGAGUUGCUGGAUCCACUGCUUGUACAGCUUCUGCUUAAAUCUUCACAAGACAAGAAGUUUGUGUGUGAAGCCGCUGAAAGUGCUUUAAAAUCUCUGACGAGCUCAGUUUCUCCACUUCUAUUGCUGCCCAAAUUGCUACCUUAUAUCAAGAACAGGAAUCCUCGAAUUCGGGCAAAGGCAUCCGUGUGCAUUUCGCGAAGUGUGCACGAACUGGACAUUGAAGGAAUUGGUGAAUUCGGUCUCGACAAACUUAUUCAAAUAGGUGCAUCCCAGCUUAGUGACCAGCUUCCAGAAUCUAGGGAUGCUGCUCGUUCGCUUUUAUUGGAGUUGCAAUCCGUAUAUGAAAUAUCGCACGUUCAUGACCCAAAUGCUGUAUCUGAAGAGCCUGCUAUAGCUUCAUGGGAGCAAUUUUGCCAAUCAAAGCUUUCCCCUUUGAGUGCUCAGGCCGUGCUUCGUGUGACCAGUGUUGCUCGGGAGGGGCUCGUGGGCUCAUAGCACACGGGCUUUAGCAAGUGAUAUUCUUUUUUCAGUUGGGUUUGUAUUGCUCACUUGUGUAUACAAUAUAUCAUGCAUGAUUAUUGAAAGUUUGAUGUGUUUGGUGAGGCAAUUGAUGCGGAUAAUAUAUCUGCUGUUGAUCCUAUGGCACAUUGGAUAAUUGAUGUCUAUUAGCGACAAAAUCAAAUAUUUACAGUACCCUACUUGUUAUGAAUUUGUGCCAUUUUUUUCCUUUCAAAUAUACGGUAUUUAUUCUUUUCA